AUGUGUCGCUUCCUGGUUUACCAAGGCAGUGACGAGAUUCUGCUCUCGAAGUUGAUUCUCGAUCCGACCCAUUCUAUCCUCAAGCAAUCAUUCGACUCGCGAUUACGGCUGGAUACACGACGAGGCCAGAACAAUGCUGAUGGUUUCGGAAUUGGCUGGUACACCGACCCGAAAUUGGGCUCCGCCCCGUGUCUCUUCACUUCGACCAUCCCAGCGUGGAACUGCACCAACUUACACCGAAUCGCUACGAAGACGGCAUCACGACUAGUCUUUGCCCACGUACGAGCCACAACCGAGGGAUCUCUUAGUGAGGACAACUGCCACCCAUUCUGUCAUGGAAGCUUGAUGUGGAUGCACAAUGGUGGUUUGGGUGGUUGGAAACAUAUCAAGAGAAAGCUUGGUGAACGAUUACAUGACAAAUGGUACCUUUCCGUUCAAGGUGGAACCGACAGCGAAUGGGCUUUUGCCUUAUUUCUCGACCGUCUAGAGCGUUUAGGUGUCAACCCGAGCUCCCAACCCGUAAACGGCUUCCAUCCAGCUACGUUACGCAAGGCUCUUUUGCAAACGAUCGAGGUUAUCAAUGAACUUACGACAGCUAUACCCGAGAGUGUUAUUCAGAGCGAAAACGUAGACACCCGAAGUUUGUUAAAUUUCGCCGUAGCAGAUGGUCACAGCAUCAUCUGCACGAGAUAUGUGAGCAGCAAGACCGACGAAGCUGCAAGCUUAUAUUAUUCAUCGGGUACUCAAUGGGAGACGAAGUCUUCUGUUUCGAGCGAUCGAGAUUACCAGAUGGAGCGUCGGGAUAAGGGAGCGGAUAUUGUUCUUGUCGCUAGCGAACCCCUAACAUUUGAACGAGAAAACUGGGUUAACGUUCCUACCAAUUCCAUCCUGACCAUUCACGGGCAAACAGUCAUGGUAAACCCGAUAAUAGACGGAUAUUCAGACCGCGAUCCCUACCACAAACGUUCAUCAGCAUUCGCACAAACGAAAGGACUUACCACCAACGAAAAGGCUGCUCCACGCGUGGCCAGCCCUUUACCCACUCCGAACAUCGAUCUCGAGAGCCACAAACGGAUUCUUGCUCCGUUGAUUCCUGCCGGUAUCGGUCGAAGCCGAACACCCGAGGGUCCUUCGGUGCCUAUUCGUAGCAAGACACCCCUUGCGCAUUCAGAGUCGAACCUGCCCUCAGAUAUCCGAGCCCCUCCGAAUGAGCCGCCUCCGCGGCCAGAGACUCGUCCUGACAUGGGGAAUAAACUACCCUCGCAGGGUAACAUUAAGAAAAAAAGGCGCUCCCUCAACAUCGGUGAACAACCUCACCCGGCCGACCAUCAGGUAGAUACCGAUCUACCAAUGCCAGAUAGCCCCCCGGCAUUAAGCAUCUCAUCAAGAGCUCCCGAUUACACAACUUCGGAGAAGGCAGCACGUGUCUUGGGAAUGGCCUUGUAGUAAAGGGUACCUUACGACAACAUUUUUCUCUAUAUCUUUCUCCCGGCUAUAUUCCCUCGGCGUUCUCAACUCCCCGCAUAGACUUAGACUUUCGAAAUUGAUGAUAGAAUGACUUCGCAAAACGGGCGGCGGUGACGGUAGCAA